UUCGGCGGGCGGGAGAUGAGCGGGGCGGAGGAGGAGGCGGCGCAUGCGGCCGGCCGCGGCGGGGGCAGCGGGGGCGGGGGCGGGGGCGGCGCGGGCGGGUCGUCGGGGAGCGGCGGCGAGGGCCACCCGCGCCGGCGGUUCGACGACAAGAGCCUGGUGGCGCGCACGUCGCUCAUCCUCUGGCACACGCACCAGAACGACGCGGCCGCCGUGCGCAAGCUGCUCGACGAGGACGGCACGCUCGUCAGCGCCCGCGACUACGACAGCCGCACGCCGCUCCACGUCGCCGCGCUCCACGGAUGGCAGGACGUCGCCGAGUGCCUCCUCGCCAAGGGCGCCGACGUCAACGCGCUCGACCGCUGGCAGAACACGCCACUUGCUGAUGCAGAGGGUGCAAAGAGGCAUGCUAUGAUCGAACUGCUCAAGAAGCAUGGCGGGUUGACAUUCGGGAAAACUGGAAGCCACUUUGAAGCAAAGUCAAUUCCACCUCCCCUAACAAACAAGGCUGACUGGGAGAUUAACCCACUUGAAUUAGAUUUCACAAAAGCAGUAAUGAUUGGAAAGGGUUCUUUUGGUGAAAUCCUGAAAGCAAAUUGGCGAGGAACACCAAUUGCUGUCAAACGCAUUCUUCCAUCAUUAUCCGACGAUAGACUGGUUAUCCAAGAUUUUAAGCAUGAAGUCAACUUGCUAAUAAAGCUGAGGCAUCCAAAUAUUGUACAGUUCCUUGGAGCAGUCACAGAAACCAAGCCUUUGAUGCUAGUUACUGAGUUCCUCCGAGGAGGUGAUCUUCAUCAAUAUCUCAAGGAGAAAGGCUCCCUCUCCCCACUUACUGCUGUUAACUUCGCAUUGGACAUCGCAAGGGGCAUGGCCUAUCUUCAUAACGAGCCUAAUGUUAUAAUUCAUCGGGACUUAAAGCCAAGAAAUAUUCUUUUAGUUAAUACUGCUGCCAACCACUUGAAAGUUGGAGAUUUCGGUCUUAGCAAGAUUAUCAAAUCUCAGCAUGCCAAUGAUGUAUACAAGAUGACCGGAGAGACCGGAAGCUAUCGGUACAUGGCUCCUGAAGUUUUCAAGCACCGGAAAUAUGACAAGAAAGUUGAUAUUUUCUCCUUUGCCAUGAUACUUUAUGAGAUGCUGGAAGGGGAUUCACCUUUUUCCAGUUAUGAACCUUAUGAGGCUGCUAAGUAUGUAUCAGAUGGGCAUCGCCCAACUUUCCGUUCAAAAGGACAUACCGCUGAGCUGAAAGAAUUGACUGAGGUAUGUUGGGCUGCGGAUGUCAAUUUGAGACCAUCUUUCCUAGAGAUACUCAAGAGGCUGGAGAAGAUCAAGGAAAGCUUGGCAUCCCACGAUCACCACUGGCAUUUAUUCUCACAAUAACAAUGCAUAUAUUUGUUACGAGCAAUUUAAACUACAGGUGUUGUUGUGAAUCUGAAUUGAUUUACUUGGGAAAUUGGUGCCGAUUGUGUACAGAUUAGAUGGGUCAAAAAAUGUCCACUGAAACGACAAAAACUCUGCUGCUUUUCUUUCUGCUAAAGCUGAUAUAUUCUUGUUUUUCCCA